AUGGGCUUUUUAUUUCUUCUAGGACAUCGUUUGACUUGGCAAGCCUAUCACCGCUUAGAUGAUAUACACGGUUUCUUCGACUAUUUGGCUAAGACUUAUCCUGAUAUUUGCACUGUCGAAACUAUUGGUUAUUCAAUUCAAAAACGUCCAUUGAAAAUAUUGAAAAUAUCGAAUGGCAAUGCAGGCAAUCCUGGUGUUUGGAUUGAUGGUGGCAUGCAUGCACGUGAAUGGAUAAGUCCUGCCGCAGUUACAUACAUCGCAAAUCAAAUUGUUGAAGGUUGGGAUGAUAUGCCAGCACAUAUGAAGAAUGUCAAUUGGCACAUACAUGCUGUUGCUAAUCCUGAUGGUUAUGAAUAUUCUCACACCACAGAUCGUUUGUGGCGUAAGAAUAUGCGUUCACAUGGUCGCAACUGUCCUGGCGUUGAUUUAAAUCGUAACUUUGGCUAUAAAUGGGGUGGUAAGGGUACCUCAGCUAAUCCAUGCUCACAAACAUACCGUGGCAGCAAAGCUUUCUCCGAACCAGAAACAUUCUAUAUUUCUAAAUAUAUAAGCAACUUCCCACGUAAUACAUUCCAAGCUUACUUAUCCUUCCACAGUUAUGGACAAUACAUAUUGUAUCCUUGGGGCUAUGAUUACCGUGUAACGAACGACAAAUCAGAUUUAGAUCGUGUAGCUAGACAAGCUGGCACUACAAUCACAAAGAGCACUGGUUUCAAAUACACGGUCGGUUCUUCUGCAACAACAUUAUACCCAGCUGCUGGUGGCUCGGAUGAUUGGGCUAAAGGUUUCGCAGGCAUUAAGUACGCAUACACCAUUGAAAUGGGUGACACUGGACGUUAUGGUUUCGUCUUGCCCGCAAGUUAUAUUGAACAAAACGGUAAAGAUGGUUUCACCUUCGUCGAAACUGUGGCACGCGCUGUGACAAAAACAAAGGACAGUCGACGACGUAAAAUACGUAGACGUAGUUAAAUUAGUUACAUAAAAAAUUUUAAUUAAUUUAAUUUAUUUAUUUAUUAUUUAAUUUAAUUAUUUAAAUGGUUUUGUCUGUUUUGUGUG